UGUAAAUUUCAACCGUUUAAGCUUUUUGAUCUCUUUCCUCGAAACUCGAAACUCGAAAAAAGGAAAGAAGCCAUCCCGUCAUUCGUGGUCGUAGGGGGAUGUCCGAUUUGAAUGUUUGCCAGCUGUGAGAUAAGAUCGCAACGAUCUUCGAAGCUAUUAUGAAAUAAACUUAGUCCUACUUAAUUUUACGUUGUGGAAACCAUCUUUUUUUUUUUUUCAUUCCUUCGUUCGCUCGUUCGAUCGCUCAUUCGAGAUAUUUAUUGUAACGCAGAUUGUUUCAACACGUAAUUCAUCAAUAUAAUCCAUCAAUAUUCAAUGGUUACAUAAAUGUCCUUUAACUUCCUAAACACUGAAUUUAUUCCUCCUUAUCUGUAUACUAGCAUAAACCCGCGCGUCCUGCGUUCCAUCUCACGAUGCCCAAGCACGGCGCGAUCCUAGGAUUUCGACUAGGUCCGCGGCGUAUUUCCUUUCUCCUCGUUAUCGUCGGUUUAUUCGCCCUAUUUACGCUUCUUUUCACACUACCGAACGGCAUCCCGACAGGCCCGAGUCUAUCUAAGUCAAUCGCAGACCAUAAGUUUUCCAUUCCCAAAUACAAGGACAAAUUCUCGUCGAGCAUCCUCAACCCGUUCCGACCGGCGUCGCAUAAGCCUCCGGAGCAGCAGAAUUCGACAUAUGGCGGAAGUUCUUGGUAUUCUAAUUGGAAUUGGAGAAGUCCAUUUUCUUCAUCUAUUACGCUAGAUGAAAACCGCUCUCUCCUCCCACCUUUGCAGGAUAGAGCUCCUAUCUAUUGUUAUUACGACACUACUACUCAGCGAAGUGAAGCUACGAAAGAGGCCGACAGCGCGUUGCUGCUGACAUGGAGACGCGCCUGGUGGGCGCAAGGAUUCAAACCAAUAAUCCUGAGUGCGGCAGAGGCUAUGAACAACCCACUUUAUGACGAACUUCAAAGGCUGGACGUAGAGCCGACCUUCAAGAAGGAUAUAAUGCGGUGGCUCGCGUGGGAGAACAUGGGCGGUGGACUUCUAUCGCAUCAUUUGCUAUUUCCGAUGGCGGCCCAUGAGGAUUCUUUGCUUUCAUUUCUACGAAGGGGGGAGUACCCUGGCUUGACGAGGUGGGAGGGGUUCGACAACGCUUUAUUCGCUGGCCCCAAGGCGCAGAUCGCCGAGGCCAUCACACAAGCCCUUCGUAAUCCUAAGAAAAAGUCGGCUAAAGACUUCAUCGCUGCUGUCACAAGUGAUACAUUUCGUGUAGACCCCUCUCACGAGUCGCUCGCCUUCUACGACUCCAAGACCGUCGAGAAGUCCUACAAAAAGGUCUCGGAUGAGGUUGCGGCAGACCGCGACAAGGGUAUGAAGAGUUUGAACCUCCUCAUAAACUUUCAUUUACACAAUACCUGGCAAGACAACUUCAGCAGCGGCAUUGCUGUCCUCAAGCCUAUGCCAGCUCAUACAUCACAUAUGAUCGAGCCAGCAUUGGAUCUGGCGACGAGGCUUAUCGCCUGUAGCGAAUCCCCGAUGCCAGCAACAUGUCCGCCAAAUCUUCCCAAGUGCACACCUUGUAUUCCGACACAUCCUAUGGGCAUCGCAACGCCGGCUCGCUACCGAAACACUUCCGGUCUCUAUACCAUCGGAACUGUGCCACAUCCAUAUACGUUGCGUACGUUAGAUACCCUGCGCGACAACAUAGACGUGGCCUGGGUCAGACGGGAAAUCAAAAGACGUGACGAAUGGCUGUAUCUAGUCUUCCAGGAGCAUCUGGGCACAGGAAUACCUAGUUCUGUGCGAGCGGUCAAGUUCAAGGACGCUGUGGCUGGUGAUUGGGCAACGUCACACUCCCUCUGGUUGACCGCCGAAAAAGAAUCUCUGCCACUUGACUUGGAUUGGUGGUUCGGAUUCGAGAUCCCGCAGAACACGACGGACGACGGGAAGUCCGAGACGCCAGUCCCCGGCCCGGAGCGUAGACCCAAACCUAAACACAAUCCGGAUGAUGGCCCGAUUGCCUCUGACGAGGAGCUCUCACGCGAGCCCCAUUUCCUAGAGCGAGCUAGGGAGGUGGCAAAGAGUGAAUUGGAAGAGGAUGUGCGCGUGCGUAGCGCCAUGGAAGCUUGGAAUUUGGCCGACACGGAAGCCUGGCGAUUCGCCAGAGCGUUCCUGGCACGUGCUAGGGUGGAAAGGCUGAAAUGGGAGGAGGAAGAGAGCAUAUACGCCGACGGCGUCGGAAGCGACGUCGAGAAGAAACGGGGCGGCGGCUGGUUACGAUGGGGAGAUGAUGACAAGAACGACGAUUGAGAUUACAGGUUUUAAAGAUGAGUGUUCAUGUAUUAUGCAUGGUAAUGAGUGGCUUACUUGGUGGGGGGAGGGGUUGAACGUUUUUUGACACUCGUGGUAGCAUGGAGUUUGCGCGUUAAGGACAUUUUUUAAGAUCUAGAAUCUGACUCCUAGGUAGAUUUACAUCAAGAUCCUGCCGA